CGCUCAUUCCAAUACAAACGAUCGUCCUCAUCAGCAAUGGGUCUGCUUUCAUACUUUUUCGCAGAGAAACCAGCACCCGUGGUCCCAAAGGAUAUUUGCUACUACAUUGAGGGGUUCUUGGCAUGUCACUACUUUCAGGAGGCUAUGAGCCUGGCAGAGCGACUCGAUACGACGUCAAGUCAGAGUAAUAUCCAGGUCGAGAUUACGGCGCACACACGCAAGGAGUGGCAAGAUCGCAUCCAAGAGCUCUCCAAGACGAUCCCUGGCGCGCAAGAUCAUCGAACGAGUCCGGUGGUGUGGGAGGGAUGCCCCGGAAAUCCAAUUCGGUUUAUUGGAGGAUAUGAUAAUUUUCGACAGCAUGCUCGACAGAAGCACCAUGUCGGGGAUGCGCGUAACGUUUAAAGGCCGUUUGCGAUAGCUGGAGGAAUUACCUUCCUGUUGAUUAUGCAAUUAAUUCGCAU